AUGCUGAAGCAUAUGAGUGGCACUUUUAAGGAGAAAUCGAGAUUUUCUCUUGCUUUUCGCUCUACCGAGAAGUCGUCAUUGCUCCCAUUUUCAUCAUUGGUUUGGCCUGGUUUCUGCACCAAUCCUGUCUCAUACAUCGCUUCCCACAAUACCACCAUUGUCCAAUGUCACGGUCGUCGUCGCAUUUAUGGCCGAGGCUCCCGAGCUGAAAUCAAUUGCUUGAAGCGAGGGAUUGUAACCAAUCGUCAACAUCCUCCUCCUCCUCAUCCUUUGUUUCAUUGCAAUGAAGUUCGGCCCGGAGUGUUCUGGAUAGAGGAAAAGUAUUUCGAUUCUUGGAAUCGGGCCAACGUGUUCUUCCUUGUCGGAUCUGAUCGUGAUCUUUUGACUGACACUGGCGUGGGAAUAUUUAAUCUACGCGAGUUCCUCCACGCGAAGGGACUCCGCCACCGGGAAACAAUGAAGCCCAUGGACGUGGUCUUGACUCAUAUCCACUUUGAUCACUCAGGUGGGGUGCAUCAUUUUCAAGACGAGGGGAAAAUCCAUGAGAGGGUGGAAAUAAAAAUUCAUGAGCUCGAGGCAAAGCACUUGAGUCACCCCCUGAAAACCGCCUCAUGGGUCAUGAACCACGAGGUUUGGCCCAAGCCAUCCCCUCAGUGGAAUGCUCAAUCGUAUAAGGUGCAGGGUGUGGCAAAUGUUAGUCCUCUUCAAGACGGGAAGACAAUACAUUUGGGAGACAAAACGUUUCAGGUGCUACACGUUCCGGGUCAUUCUCCAGGGAGUAUUGCUCUAUUUGACGAAAACCAUGGCAUUCUUCUGACAGGAGAUACCUUAUACCAAACAGAUCAGGAACUAAUUGACUGGUAUCCAGGAAGUUCAUGUAAACGGCUUGAGCAUAGUCUCUUCCGAUUGCAUGAGCUCAUUCCAUCGGUGGAUCUCAUCUUACCGGGUCACAACGCCGUCCUGUACAAGCGGGACAUCAUGCUUCAGUGCAUCGAUCGGCAUCUUUCGAGACGGAGCUGGUCGAGAACAUUCGCCAAAACGAUGAUCUCAAAACCUAGAGCCAUCGCGUUGUUAGGUGCCAACCACUACGUAGUGGCCCUUCCGGAGGCUUUGAGAGAAAUGCUGCAAACAUAAUUCUCAUACCAAACCUAAAUACAUGCCCUUGCUCCAAUUUUUGGUGUUUUUCGUCACCUCAGUAUCUAACUUGGAAAUAAACCUGCAAGAGAUUCAUUGAA